AUGCGGACAAGCACCUUCAGUCGGAUAGUGAAGGCCGGGCUUCGCUUUUUCGGAAUCUGGCCGUAUUUACCGUUGACCUGGCUGGUCCGAUCGUAUUGGAUCAUAUCGUUAGUUACGGUGCAGGUCUUUCAAAACAUCUACGUAGUAAACAACGAACCGAGUAGCUUCUCUGAGUUCAUGGACGGAGUGGGCAGCGCUGUGACGCACUCAUUCAUGAUGAUAAAACUCAUUAUCCUGUGGGUCAAUCAAAGAAAAUUCAGAGAUAUAUUGCAAAUGAUGACGGCUGAUUGGCAGAAUCAUAUGUCGAAACAUCAGCCCCUGAACAUCAUGACAAAAACGGCAUUCCUCGCACGCCGCAUGUCUAGAAUAAUCGUAGGCUGGAAUCUCUGCAACGUGGUCAUGUACAGUCUUGGGGUCAUCGCCGCCAACGUGGGCGAUCCCGAGAAAUGGGAACCGUACAAUCGGGAGCUCAUUCUUAAAAUGAAAUUCCCGUUCGAGAUUAGCACGCAUACUAUUUACGUAGUUGUCACGGUGGUCCAGUUUAUCCAUUUGGUGUUCAUCGGCUUCAUUUUGGGCAUUCUCCAUUCACUUCUCGCUACUCUGAUACUUCAUAUCGGUGGUCAAAUCGAAAUUCUUCAAGACUGGUUGAAGAGCGCAUUUUCCAGAAACAAGUCGGAACAGUCGGACGAGAUUACGCCGCAACUGUUGAUCACAAAGCAUCAGCAGAUUAUCAUGUUCUCGGAGAACAUCGAAAAUCUCUACACGUCCAUCGCAUUCAUGGUACUAUUGUCGGACACCAUGAUCAUUUGUUGUUUAGGAUUCGUCAUCGUCACUUCGCUCAAUGAACCCAACGCCGCGGCGAUUUUGGUGAAAUGUAUCAUGUUCUACAUCACGAUGAACUUUGAAGUAUUUUUAUACUGCUACGCCGGCGAGUACCUGAGCGCUAAGAGCAAACUGAUCGGCGACGCAGCAUAUGAUUCUCUCUGGUAUAACGUCGCGGCGAAGAACCGUCGGAUCGUGUUGUUCGUCGUUUUGAGGUCACAAAAACGUCUGACGAUUACUUGCGGGAAGAUCAUGGACCUCACUUUGGAACGUUUCACCAGCGUUAUGAAGGCAUCGGCGUCGUACAUGUCGGUGCUUUUGGCGAUGUAUUCAAGGCGUUUAGCAUAUUGA